CUUGAUCUUCACGAGAUAUCAAUCUCCAUGUUCUAGCCCCGACCAACUUGAAUAACUCCAAGACAUCAUGUUGUGGGGUAAAGGCCCACAAGACGGUUCCUGAACACACCCCGGAGAUGCUUACCCAGAGCCAAGGUUAUUAGUGCCACUCAUAACAACACCCCAUCUUGCAGAGUCUCAAAUAUAAACUCAGUCUGAUUGAUAUUGUAGAAGUAUCUUACUCUUUCCUACUUCCUUCAACCCGACAAGUCUUUAAGAAAAAUGGAUAAACACGACUUCAAUUUUCCCCAUCUGCGACCCGACCAACCCCAGAACGACCAGCCAUAUGUACGACUAAUGAUAUUCUUCAACAAGCGUGCAGACAUCACCGAGGAGCAGAUGAACGACUGGUGGAGGAGCGUGCAUGCAGAUCUGAGCAUGUCUGUGCCAGGCUGGAGUGCUCACUGUUCAAGAUAUAUCCAGUUUCGGCAACCAUCUAAACUCAGAGAGCAAGCUAAGUCAUGCGGGAUGGACAUAUUGGAGUACGAUGCUAUGGGAGAGAUGCAUGUUAAGAGUCUGGACGAUUGGCUUGAGUUCUCGGCCAGUCCCGCCUUUUCGAAGAAGUUAGUCGAAGAUGGUAAGAACUUCAUGGAUGGAAAUAUUAAAGUCAUGAUUGGCCACGACAAUCUUGUAUUCGGGGCCACGACGGCGAGGAGUAGCGGGUCAGACGGCAUUCUGAUUGACGACAAGAGAUUGAAGCCUGCUGAAUCGAAGCUUUAGACACUGAUGGGGACUCGAGAUGUUUGAUUGUCUAGCUGUUCAAUCUUUACUGCAUCAAUUCAAGAAAAGUCUUGGCAAUGCUUGUUUGGGAAGAUGAAGCAUUCGAAGAUCUCAUGGACAAUUGGAACACAACGAAGGCAUAUGCGAAGCUUUCUCGAGAUCAAUCAAAGUACUACGAAAUGUAAGAGGUGGUUGGUGUCCUCUCAGGGUCUAAAGCUUUUGAAAAGAUAGCAUCCUUUGUACAAUCCGUUGUGCAACCCGAUCCAGCAGAAUCACGGAUAAAGCAGAUUCUUAGUUCCUGUACCAUUGCUGUAUUGAUCUAUAUGACAUGCACGCUACAAAUGCUAAUAACCCAAUUA